AUGGCCGGAACAGCAUUCCCCUCUGAGAGCACCACAGAUCUCACCCUCCUAAAUGUCGCCCGUCUAUUCACCCGACUCGAGCACAACCUCCUCUCCCCAGGGCCAGACCGUCGCGCACUCCAACAAUCAGAGUACCAGCGCAUGCGCGUGAACAAGAACGUAGAAUACGCCCGCACCCUCCUCACACAACUCGAGCGCUCCCUCCCGCAACUGAAACCCCUCGACCGCAAACACGAAGCACAAGCGGAGAUCGCGCGCGACAGACAACUUCUCAAGCGGAUACAGAUUAUCCUCGACGAAGCGGAAGCAAAGGCUCAGGCAAAAGAGGACGAAGAUGAGACCGACGACGGCGACGAUGAGUGGAAGGAGCUGUUUUCCAAGCCCGUUGCCAAAAGAGCCCCGUCGAUACCACAAGCAAAGGACCAGGCAACACCGAAACAGACACCGGACUCAUCCUCAUCACAAGAAGCAAGGUUAACGAAUGUCGCGCCGACGGCCACUACCGGACCCUCUGCGACCCCAACUACAUCAUCCUCCCCCUCAAAAACACCAGGACCUCCGACCCUGCGCAACCGUCAUAAAACAUCCGCCCUACCCGCUUCCUCUGAAACCGCAACAGCGACAGGAAGCAGUGCCAAGCUCUCCGGGACUGAGGCUGAACUUACCACGCAGAGACUGGAGCAAGAGGAUUUGACCAGUUCGCUGCUUACUCUUGCGUCACAGCUCAAGUCCUCGUCGCAAUCCUUCCAGUCGACGCUGGAAAAUGAGAAGUCUGCGCUAGACCGCGCUGUGUCGGGAAUUGACCGUACGAGUAGCACUAUGGAGGCGGCGGGGAAACGGAUGGGGAUGUUGAGGAAGAUGACGGAGGGCAAGGGAUUAUGGGGGCGGAUGAUGCUGUAUGCGUGGAUUUUUGGGUUGUGGGUUGUUGCCAUUUUGAUUGUUUAUGUUGGGCCUAAACUGAGGUUUUGA